CAGUACAGUAGAGUCAGGGAGGCGGGUCCAGUGGCUGAAGCAGCAAACAAGGAAACGUGUAACAUUCAUGUGGAUGAAUCAGUGUAUUGUGCAGACAUGAGGUCCCCCCUGUUGGUACUUCUCUCCCUGCUCCUGGAAGCAAGGAGUGAUGUCACAGGGGCAGAGGUGGAGAGGAAGCCCAACUUUGUUCUGAUGAUGGUGGACGACCUGGGCAUUGGUGAUAUAGGAUGCUACGGUAAUGAUACCAUCAGGACUCCUAACAUAGACCGACUUGCUUCUGAAGGGGUAAAGUUGACACAGCACAUUGCAGCUGCUCCUCUCUGCACCCCGAGCCGGGCCGCUUUUAUGACUGGGCGCUAUGCUCUCCGCUCGGGAAUGGGCAGCACAGGCCGUGUACAGGUGUUGCUGUUCCUUGGAGGUUCAGGGGGGUUGCCACCCAGUGAGACCACCUUCGCUAAGAGGCUGCAGCAACAAGGAUACACCACCAGCUUAGUGGGAAAGUGGCACUUGGGUGUGAACUGUGAACACAGAGGGGACCACUGCCACCAUCCGAACCAGCAUGGUUUCAGCUACUUCUACGGCCUGCCGUUCACCCUCUUCAAUGCCUGUGUGCCCGGGCAGGGCAGUGACGUGCUGGAAGACCUACAGCACACACUCCAAAAUCUUACCAUGGUGCUUGGUCUGGGACUUUUCACACUGGUGUGUGCCCAUGUGUGUGGCCUCCUGGACGUCAGCCUCUGGCUCCUGGUAGCACUUUGUUUUCUUACUAUCCUAGCGACCGCUGUGUGGUAUAUACCCUUUGAACUCCUGCCCACCUGGAAUUGCAUCAUCAUGAGGAACCAAGAAGUGAUCGAGCAGCCAAUGACGGUGGAGACACUGCCCCAGAGGUUGCUGGGAGAAGCACAAAAUUUUAUAAAGAGGAAUGUUGAUCGUCCAUUCCUCCUCUUAUUCUCACUGGCACAUAUCCACACGCCACUCUUCAAAACCCCCGCAUUUGCUGGCAAAAGUCGCCAUGGUCGCUAUGGUGACAACCUAGAAGAAGUGGACUGGCUCAUCGGUAAGAUGACAGAGACGGUGGACUCCCUCGGCCUGGCAAACAAUACUCUGAUGUACUUUACAUCAGACCAUGGUGGAUACCUGGAGGAUGCUGAUUCGCUAAUCGGCCAGAAAGGAGGCUGGAAUGGCGUCUAUAAAGGUGGGAAAGCUAUGGGGGGCUGGGAGGGGGGGAUCAGGGUGCCUGGUAUUUUCCGCUGGCCUGGCAGACUGGCAGCUGGAAGAGUAGUAGAUGAACCCACUAGCCUCAUGGACCUGUAUCCAACGCUGAAAUAUUUGGCCAAGGACACUCAACCCGACAGACAGUUAGACGGCUAUAACCUCAUGCCAUUGUUGGAGGGGAAGGUAGAGCGAUCAGAGCAUGAAUUCAUGUUCCACUACUGUGGAAUCUACCUGAAUGCAGUACGCUGGCACCCAACUGGAAGUAAGUUCACACAGAGAUGCAUAUAGUUAUCUAGCAGACAA